GUUAUAACCUGGUGCUUCCUAAUGCCGAAGUGUGCUGACUGACUAGAGUCAGCCGUUUUGACAGAGCCGCCAACAUGCCCACAACCUCCAUUGGCGGCGACGAGCGCAUCUCCAAGUUUAAAAACAAGGGGAAAGAUUUGGCAAAACUGCGAGAGAAGCGGAUCACCGAGUGCGUGGAGCUGCGCAAAGCACAGAAGGAGGAGAACUUCUUCAAGAGGAGAAACAUUUCACUGUCUUCUCUUCCCGAAGAUGAGGCUCUCUCACCCGAAAACGGCACGGUGAGCUUCAGGAUCGAGGAUAUAAUCCGAGACGUGAACUGUGACGACCGGCAAGCCCAGACCCGGGGAUGCCAGGCAGCCAGAAAGCUGCUCUCUAAAGACCAUGAUCCUCCAAUGAAGAAGAUUGUUGAUGCUGGUCUGCUGUCGCGGUUUGUGUCCUUCCUGUCGCUGGAUGAUGAGCCGACUCUGCAGUUUGAAGCAGCAUGGGCUCUUACAAACAUCGCUUCUGGAACAUCUUGGCACACACAGCAGGUGGUGAAUCAUGGAGCUAUACCAGCUUUUAUCAACUUGCUCACAUCACCGAUGUUGCACAUUGUUGAACAGGCUGUCUGGGCUCUUGGAAACAUUGCAGGUGAUGGUGCAGCUUAUCGAGAUGUCCUCAUUGAGUGCAAUGUCAUCCCAGCCUUGCUGGCUCACAUCUCCCCAGAUGCACCAGUUGGCUUCUUGCGGAACCUAACUUGGACAUUGUCCAACUUGUGCCGAAACAAGAACCCAUGUCCCCCAAUGUCUGCAGUUAACCAGAUGCUUCCUUCUCUGAUGCAGUUGCUCCAUCUCUCUGACAAGGACAUCUUGUCUGACGCAUGCUGGGCAAUCUCUUACCUCUCAGAUGGCAGUGAUGACCGCAUUGAUGUAGUUGUGAAGACUGGUAUUGUCCCACGACUGGUGGAGCUCAUGAACAACAAGGAGCUCUGUGUUAUGACCCCAGCUCUUCGCUCCAUUGGGAACAUCGUGAGUGGCUCUGACCUGCACACCCAGAUGGCGAUCGAUGCUGGUGUUCUCAGUGUCCUACCAAACCUACUGAGGCACCCAAAACCCACUGUGCAGAAGGAGGCAGCUUGGGCUCUGUCAAACAUUGCUGCAGGACCUUGUAAGCAAAUCCAGCAGCUCAUCACUUGCGGCCUUCUUCCUCCUCUUGUGGAAGUGCUCAAAAAUGGAGACUUGAAGAGCCAAAGGGAAGCCGUUUGGGCAGUGACAAACUUCACCAGCGGGGGCAACGUUGAGCAGGUGGUCCAGCUUGUGAAAAGUGGAGCCUUGGAAGCAAUAAUUAAGCUGCUGAAGGUCAAGGAUGCCAAAAUCAUCCUGGUCAUACUGGAAGCGGUCAACAACAUGUUUCUGGCUGCAGAGAAGCUUGGAGAAACCGAAAGGCUUUGUCUGUUUGUUGAACAGCUGGGAGGACUGGAACAGAUUGAGAUGCUGCAGAACCAUGCAAAUGAGAUAGUGUACCAGGCUGCACACAACCUCAUUCAGAAGUACUUCAGUGAUGGUGACCUUGAGGAAGUCCAGGUCGAUGCAAUGCAGAAUGGAUUUGUGUUUUAAGGCACCAGACUUGGACAAAACAUUUAAAUUUUAAAUAAACUAAUUUCUAAUAAAUUUGCUAAAAGUUAAUAAACAUGUUUACAAUGUG